CUCAUGCCGCCGCCCCAACGGUCGCUCGGCGCCGUCCCUGUUCAGCGCCGGCGGGGCACUGCGGUACCUCAGGGCUCAGCCCCAGGGUACACGCCAGUUUGUGUGCAGAACUUACCACAGCGACAGCCCGUGCGGUAGUUUUUGUAAAGUAGUAACCUCUAGGUGCUCUUUUGUGAGGGUUAAGUACCACGUUGGGAUGCGUUUUAGGACUUUGCUGGACUAACAUAGCAGAGCAAAACAUUUGCCUCGUUUUCCCAUUUAACUGCUAUUUGCUUGGACCUACAGACACUAGUCACUAGGCACACACAAAAUAAAGAACAAUUCACUGUAGGCUCACCAAGACUGAGGUAAGAGGGAAAGAAAAAAAAAAGAGAUUGAGAAAAAGAGAUUGAGAAGUAAAAGUAUUCAAGGGUCACACUUGACGUGAUCAUGGACUCCUAGUGCCGUUCACUCUGCAGUAAUAGGUCUUCUCUGUCUCAGUUAGACUGUUUCUAUGUUUUUUUUUUUUUCUUUUCUUCCAAGGGAAUUGAAGGAUAUUGAGGGACAAUGAUAGUAGCCUGGAGAAAUCUACUUGUGAAUAAAGACUAAAAGCUAAAUAUGUGCAACCCAGCUAAAUGAUGUAGUGCGCUUUUUCUUAAGUCAUGUGCUCAUUCAAUUUGUAUUACAGUUUGUUCUUCUGUAGGAUGCAGCACGUGGCAUGUACUGUGUGCACAUAACAGUUCAGGUUUCAUCUGUUUAAGAGCAAAAGAAACAUUCCAAAAAAUGGGUUAUUGUAAAAUGCACUCAUUUAGACAGAGCAUGGUAAACACAGAAUGCUUGUUUUCCUUUCCCUGCAGUGCUUUCUGUACAAUGUGAAGUCAGUGUCAAAGUUUUCUUUUUAGUAAGGAUUUUUUGAGGCUGAAAUAUCUAAAGGAUCAUCUAAACAUUCAAGCUGCAGAUUGCUUUACGUUGGCAGAAUGGAACUUGUUAUGUUUGGAGCUGUACUCGAUGAUCUUUAUGGAUCCCUUCUGCCUGGUCAGAGAUUGUGGACUGAAAUUCCUUCGGGAACUAAGGGUAUAUCAAACUACAAAAUGGUUUGCGUGCAUUACUUAUUUCCGAUAUCAACAAUGUGGAGGAAGAAUUCUGGAAGAAGAGGGUGGUGCAGAGUCUGAGACUGAAACUGAUGAUAAUGACUCAGGAACAGACAGCAAAGAUGACGGAGAAAAUUCUGAUAACAAGGAUGACGAGAAAGUUAAACCUGAGGAGAGUCCUAGUGAGUUGGAUAUGGAAAUAGAAGGGUUAGCAGUAGAAGAAGCAUGGGCAGAACCAACAGGAAAGAAAGAGGAGGAUGAAAGUACAGAGAAAAUUGUAUAUAUUUAUGUUACAGAUUUUAACAGUUUUGGAGUUGCAAAUCCUGCCCAGCUUGGAAGGCUACCUCAAUAACCUAUUCUGGAGUCCUAUUUGUCAGUGUACUGUUUUUCUUUAGUAGUUCAGUGCCUAGCUUUCUUGCCCAGGUUUGAGCCUUUAUUGCUCUUGUUCCUGAAUUCACUGUUUGCUGAAUGAUUUCCCUAGCAUGGCAACAAAUUAACAAUGUUUUUGUCUUCCCUCCUUCCCCCUGUUUGUUUGUUUGUUUUUCUGGUUGAAUUUCAGUUACUUCCUUGUCUGAUCAUUUGUCUGCCAGAUAAAAUUAAACAUUUUUCUUACAAGUUGUUGCAACAAUGUACAAUGUGUUUUCUUCGCAGUCUGCUACUGCCCUUUGUGUUACUGUUGGCAGUUUUUGUGACCCUGAAGAUUUGCCUGGGCUAGCACGCUUUCUUGAACACAGUAUGUAUCGUUUUUCAUGCUAGGCUUUCUUUUCAGUUUUGAGCUUUCACACUGAUUUUGACUUUUGUAUCAGUUUUGAUGCAAUCUUAAUAUUUUUUACAAAUCAAGCUGUUUGUGUAAUUUUUAAUUGAACUCCAAUUUUAAUUCUGGUGUGGCUUGAUGUGUUUAAAAAAAGUAGCCUGAUGUGAAUAACAAAGUGAUUAGAUAGUCAAAUAAACUUGAAUUUUCUAAUGUAUGAAAAUAAAAAGAAUAUGAGCAUAUGUGUAAGAUACAACUCAGCUGAAACGUGCACAUUUCUGUAUUUGUGAUGAGUAAUGAUACUUAAAUAUCAUGUGAAGGUUUUGUAGACUCUAAAUAGUUUUGUUAAAAUUAAUCCUGUUCAUUCACA